AUGACCGUGACCACAGUAGUUAUGGGCGUCACACGCAGAGGGUUGCCCUUACACAUUCCCGAUAUCAAGGUUGUCAUUCAGAUCAGUGUUCCCUCAAGCCUCUCUGUGUGGGCCCAACGUGCCGGCUAUGCCGGCAGGUCACCCUACAUCCAUGCCGACGCGCACCUUCUGUACGAGAAGUCAGUAUUUGAGUGUAAGAAGAAGAAGCAGCGGAAAGGUGCGGGUGGUGAGGAGGAAGUAGAGGCCAAAAGCGUGGACGAGAUCGACAACUUGGUCGAAAAGUCCAGUGACAAUGACGAGGAUAUGGGCGAUGGGUCAGAGUCCAACAGCUCAGAGUCGGACAUCGAUGCGGGCAUGGUUGCAUUGGCGGCGCUAGAGCUCUCCGAGGGAAAGGAGAUUGGGGAUGGGAAGGAAUGGGUCAAAUCGGUGCAGCCUGAGCUGCGCUUCUACCUUGGAACACAGUGCUGUUUCCCUAGUCAUAUGAGUGCCGAUAUGUCAGUGACAAUGGGACAGAAUGGUCUUGACCUUCUCUCCAACGCAGCAUCUCAGCUGUCCACCGCGCCACCUCCCGGGGGCCUGGAGGAGGGUCUCAGGACUCCCCUCAACGACAUUACCCAGCCGAACGCCUCCCAGAAGCGCCCCCCAUCCCCUCCUUUGACCGACACAACCCCUGCACCGAAGCGCCCGCGACGCACCUGUACCCAGCCAAAACCGGCAGCUUCGCCCCCCGAGCCCCCCACACCUACACCUCGAAAAAAGCGCGGACGUCCUCCGAAGAAGAGGGAAGAGGGACAGCAGCCCAAACGCGCGCCGGGACGCCCUCGCAAGGACAAGCCAGCUGCGAGCGCGGUGACCACGCCAAACGCGAAUCAAGCGCUACUCGCGGCAUCCCAGUCGGGUCUCGGGCGAUCGGAGACGGUGAAGGAUUCGCCCGCGACGCCCUCUAUCGACCGCCCUCCCUCGCCAGGUGUCGCGUCCAGCAAGCAAUCCACCGCCGGUCGAGCGAUCGGCCAGCCCUUCCCUUCGAUCAACUUCAUCUCCUACACCCCCUCCUCGUUCGACUUCGGCUCUCCCCCACCCCUAGAUCCGCCAAACAAUUCCUUCUCGUUCAGCAAUCCCCCUUCCCCUGUGGUCGCCGCUGGGGCUGCUUCCCUGGCGGAGGAGCAGCACACCGCAGCUUCUGUUGAGGCAGCCGUCCCAAAGCCCUCGCAAAAGCAGCGGAAGUACUCAGUCGCUGACAAGAGCGCCCUCCUUGAAGUCGUCCUUGGUGACAACGUGAAUGGCGACAAGAUCUUUGACAAACUUCAGGUCGCCUCGAACAAAGUCUGGCGCAUGGUGCUCGAGGCUCUUGGCGGGAAGCUUCCCAGUGGUCCUGUCACUGAGAAGCAACUCAGCAGCCUCUACAACACGCUUCUUAUGACGUUCAAGCAACUCUACGAGUUCCGUAACUUCACGGGCCGUGGUGCUGAUGCGGACGACUACGACUGGGACGACGAAGAUGGUCUCGCAUUGCAUCUCUGCAACUCGAAGAGCAAGGGGUGCGCGAUCGACAAUCUCAAUGCGGCAAACAGUCGCUUGUUCGUGCGCAAAGGCUGGUACGAUCUCUUCGUCAAUUGCUACAAGGACAACUCAAAGGUUAUACGACCGGUUGCCCGUUCUUCAGCUGCAGAGCUCAGCGAGGUGGACGACUUCGACGAAGACGACGAGGUCGAGCUCGUUCCGUCACCGACCAAAUCACGUCUGCCCAAGUCCGAGAAGUUGCCGGCAUCUGCUACUGUCUCCGAGCCGAAGGGGGCCCCUCGCCGUGGCCGGCCCCGUAAGGAUGCCAAGGAGCAGACAAAGAUCGACACCUCUGGACUCAAUACUUACUUCGAGGUCAUGGCAAAGUCGGAGGAGCAGUCCGCCGCUCUACGCCAACAGAGAUACGAGCGGGUGGCGAUAGAGAAGAAGGUUGACUUGGCGCAGAAGAUCAUUGACGGUGAACGUGCGUCCCCUGGUACAUAUACCUUCCAGGUUGUGGAUAACGCCAAUCGCAUCUUGGCCGAAUUCCUUUCCCUUGGCUUCGGUGAUUCCUAA